AUGAAGAGCCCUUCGGGACGUGGCAGAGCGAAUGUCAAGGAAAGAGAAGAUCUUGAGCGCAUUUCGUCUCCAAACGCCAGAAUCGUUUCUGGACGCAGAGUCAACAGAGAGAAAGAGCCCUUGCUUCGACAAGGCGACUCAGAGCCCACCACUGCUUCCUGCUCCCAUCUCAAACCCGGAAGAAGACCCAUAGACGCAGAGAUGCUCAGCUUACGGUCGCAUCCAGGGGAAUCCUCCUCUCUGAUGGACCACUCAUACAGCAUAGAUACACCACUCAUGAGAGGUGGUGAAGGGCGCCUUAAGCACCAGGGGUCGCUGAUUUCUGAGUAUACGCCUGCUUUGAGACAUCACCUGCCGCCAUGGUCGGUUUUACUUCCCUACUACCUCCCGAUCUUGUCGUGGGUGCAUGAAUAUUCGUUAUCUCACUUUGUGGGUGACCUAAUAGGUGGUGUUUCGCUUGCGUCCUUUCAGAUCCCUCUUGCGAUCUCAUACUCCAUUUCGUUGGCAAAGCUGCCGAUAACAUGUGGUUUGUACUCGUUGGGUAUUUCACCAUUGAUCUACUGUGUGUUUGGCUCGGUUCCCCAGAUGAUUGUGGGGCCCGAAGCUCCUAUCUCGUUGAUUGUGGGUCAAGCAGUCGAGCCGCUUUUGCAUCAUGCUAAGAAGAAGAACAUCGACCCCGUGGUGUACAUUUGUGCAAUCACGUUGGUUAGUGGUGCUACCUUGCUUGGGUUUGGCAUUGCUAGGUUUGGAUUCCUAGAUAACGUGCUUUGUGAAAGUCUCUUAAAAGGCUUCAUCUGUGGUGUGGGCAUUGUCAUGGUGAUAAAUUCUUCCAUAUCGAUGUUGGGUCUCAAUGGGAUCAUGGAAGACGUUAUCAAGGAUAGUGAUGAUAUGGACAUUCACUCACCUUUUGAUAAGGUGCGCUUUUUGAUGUACCAUUAUCAUGAAUCCCACCCGUUGACUAUGAGAGUCAGCUUCAUCGCUUUUUUCAUUGUCAUCGCUUUACGCUACUCUAAGUCGCGUGCUUCAAAAUCCCCCAGAUGGAGAUAUACCAUCUACAUUCCAGAGAUCUUGAUUGUGGUGCUUGCGUCGACCAUUCUCUGCUACAAGUAUCGCUGGAAUCACAGAGGCCUAGAGAUUGUGGGCUCACUAGAAGAUGUCACAGACCCUUUGAAAUUAUAUCACCCAUUCUCCAAGAAGAUGUGGCCCUUGGUUCGUCACUUGGCCUCCUCGGGUUUCACUUGUGCCAUGCUUGGCUUUUUUGAAUCUACCACAGCAUCCAAAUCUCUUGGAUCACGCUACGACUUACCCAUCUCUUCGAAUCGUGAAUUGGUAGCGUUGGGAGCCAUCAAUGUCGCGGGUUCGUUUGUUGGUGCCUUGCCAGCAUUUGGUGGUUAUGGAAGAUCCAAAGUGAACGCCAUAUCAGCAAAAACUACAGUCUCGGGAGCUAUUAUGGGAAUCAUAGCUUUGUGUACUGUAGGUUCCGUUCUAGAAUAUCUUCACUAUAUUCCUAAGAGCACCUUGAGUGUUGUCACUGCAGCUAUUGGUAUCUCUCUCAUUACAGAAACGCCACAAGAACUUUACUUUCACUGGAUCAGUAAAGGUUAUGACGAACUUAUCACAUUUUUCAUAACCGUAUUGACAACAUUGUUCUUCUCCAUGGAAGCCGGCAUUGCGGUUGGCUUGAUCUACUCCUUACUCAGAGUAAUCAGAAACUCCGCAGAGUCCCGUAUCCAAAUUUUAGGACGUGUUCCUGGAACUAACACGUUUCUUGAUGCCGACCUUCAUCUGCAAGCUUACGAGGAAGGCAUCGAGGAGUAUACCGAUGAUCAGAGCAAGGGUAUUCCCCAACUCAAUUUGUUCACAGACAAUUUCAGACCACUCAACUAUCAGGCUCUUGAAGAAAUUGAAGGUUGCUUGAUAAUCAGGAUCCCAGAGCCCUUGACGUUUACGAAUGCCAGUGAUCUUCGUGCUCGUUUAAAGCGAGUGGAAAUGUACGGUUCUGUCAAAGCUCACCCUGCACUGAAACGAAGCAGAGACAUGUCCAUGACGAAAUACAUGAUCUUUGAUCUCGAAGACAUGAUCUACAUAGAUUCUUCUGCAGCCAAUAUUCUCAAGACCUGGCUUGUUGCCCACCAAAAGAAGGGGAUCAAGUCCUUCUUUGUGAGAGUGACCAAAACUCCCAAGUUGAGAAAGAGACUUAAGAAUACUGGCAUCAAGGACAUUCUUGCACAAGACCUUGAGUCAAUACGGUACGGAGAAAUACAAGAACGUGCCAUGGCGCUCACUCAAACGCCAACUUUCGAAAGCAAUGUGGAGGAAUUCUCCAUAAGCGAGAACGAAGCGGAAGAGAUCAGACCGGUGACAGAGAAAGCAGGGUCACCUUACUUCGAUCAUAUCAGAUCAGCACUCAAGCUUAUUGAUGCCUAUGAGCAAUUAGAACAAUCCAGUUUAGAAGGUGUUUAA